CUGCACUUCCCUGUUCCUGCUCCUCCCAGCUCAAAGAUGGCAGCCAUGGGACAGAGAUGAGCUACGACACGAAUUUAGGAGUUUUGUCAUGACACCGCAUUGGGUUAUCUGGCUGCUACAUGCAACGUUUUAACAUGACAGCGAUAUAAUUUGCCAUUGCCAAUGUGUCGUCUUUCGAAGACAAUUAAAAGAUUCAGAAAUAUCAUGUUUUCCUGUGGGCUAAGCUAGCAAGCAACGGUUAGCAAAUAAAUGAACUUGUCUCUUCUGCAAUACAACAAGAACGCCGCUGCUCUGCAUACGGUGUAUUGACAUCUUGUAAGCUCAGUUUCAUCAUGGCCAUCACUCAGUUCCGUCUUUUCAAGAUCUGCACAUGUCUAGCCAGCUUACUUUCAUUCUUUAAAAGAUUGAUAUGCAGGAGUGGAAGGGGCCGCAAGCUCAGUGGCGAUCAAAUAACUCUCCCGACUACAGUGGAUUUUUCAUCAUCAGUACCAAAACAGCCAGAGAUUGAAGAAUGGAGCUCUUGGGAUGAAGACGCUCCUACAAGCAUCAAGAUUGAAGGUGGAAAUGGAAACGUUUCCCCACAACCAAACGAGAUGGACGACGAGCCCGACUACUUCAAAGACAUGGCGCCCACCAUCAGGAAAACACAGAAGGCAGUGUUGAAGAAGAGAGAGCCUUUGAACUACCUGGUGCCUGAUGGCUCAGCAGGUUUCUCCAGCAGACUGGCAGCCUCUCAGGAUAUGAUGUCCUUCAGUCCACCUUCAGCUGAACUGGGAGAAAUGGACAACUGGCAGGAGGACGCAAAUGCCUGGGAGGACGAGUCUGAUGCUGCCUGGGAGGCAGAGGAGGUGCUCAGACAACAGAAGAUGGCUGAGAGAGAAAAGCGGUCCAUGGAGCAGCAAAGGAAGAAGAUGGAGAAAGACGCCCAGAGGAUGAUGAAGAAGGAGCAGAAGAUUGCCGUCAAGCUCUCGUAACAUUUUUAGAAAUGCUCAAUUUUGAGCCAAAGGGAUUGGAGGGGCAAAGACACUGAAUCAAUCGUCACUCUGUCUUUAAAGUCAUUAAACUGACCAGGAUUACCACCCUACACUACUUAUCUGUUAGCAAACUCCACCCCGUUUCCACCAGCAGCCAUUUUAGUCUGUUUUCCAGCUGCAGCAGUGUAAAAUUCAUCAUUCUGGAGGGCAGAUAACACACCUGGUGUACUCCCUGUUCAUGUGGCAAGGUCAUUUUGGUCUUCAAGGGAAAGCUGUAUUUAUACCAUCCAGUCAUCUUAGGUUAGAUGCAGCAUUAGAGGAUUCCAUUUAGAUUAAAUCUGUCAGUUUAUUAGAAAAAUUAGAAAAAUGUUCAAUUUGUUUUUUCCCAGGAAUAUUUGUAAAUAAACAGGUACCUGUACUACCUUUUGGAACUCAAA